AUGACCAAACCAGAAACUGUUACGGAGUAUGAUCCAACCGCCUCUGGACAUUCAUCCGAUGACGAGCACCAGCCGAAUCACCUCAAGACGAUCCCGAGUCCUCCAAAAAAUGCUCUCGUCGCCCACUUCACUAGUGAUAUCCGCCCAACUCUGUUUGCCGAGCUUCAGCUGCUAAUACUCACCUUUUGCACUGGUAUUCAAGAUGCUACUUCUUUCCCCGACUAUCACUGCUUCGCUUCCAAUCAGACUGGCAACACAGUGCUACUUAGCCUGGCAAUUGUCUUUCCCCAGGCCAAUGGCGACAUGUUUAUUACUCCCAAUAUUGGCAUGGCUCUGGGUCUCUUCCUUGGCGCUGGCUGGCUUACUGGACAGCUCGGCCACAUGGUCGGUCCUCGCAAGCGAUGGUGGCUUAUUCUCUGCAACCUGCUCCAAACUACCCUCGUCUUUGCUGCGGCGGCAGUGCAAUACAAGUUUGGCGUCAACGACCGCGGCUGGUCCGCUCUCGCCGUCAUUGGAUUGCUGGCGGGCGCUUCCGGCAGCCAAGUCGUUCAGUCUCGCAGUCUCGCCAUGACGGAAAUCAGCACCGCCAUGGCGACAGCCGCAUGGGUCGACUUGAUCAUUGAUCAAAAUCUCUUUGUCGUCAAGAACCGGCCCCGAAACCGUCGGGUCGCUUUUCUCAUCUCUCUGAUCGUCGGCUGUCUGAUUGGUGCUCUGAUCUACAGAGAGGUGGGAUCUGCGACGGCCAUUGCCGUCUCCGGCGCUGGGAAACUGGUCGUCACAAUCAUGUUCAUCUUCACAAAUGCGGAGAAAGAGCAGAAGAACAAUUCAAUUGUUUGA